UCCGUGCUCGUGCCUUACUUUGGACCCGCCACUAGGGGCGACAAAAUUAACGUUCGUUUUCCUCGCUAACUUUUACAAGCAGGUUAUUGGAUUGUGAAAGUAACGUGAGAGACAGAAUGGCAGAGAAUUGUGAGAGAAUGUCAGAAUGGCAGAGAAGUAGUUCCCAAAUAAAUACCUUGGACAAUGAGAAGCUUGUACGACCUAAAGAGAAACUGUGCGUGUUAUUGCAGCAGGCAGGUGCAGACAAAGACGUUUUCACCAUGAAAGAGGUGAUAUUCUACCUGGGCCAGUACAUCAUGAAGAAACAGCUUUAUGACAUGAAGCAGCAACACAUAGUGCACUGUGCUGACGACCCCCUGGGGGCUGUACUGGGAGUGGACAGCUUCUCUGUUAAAGAACCACGAGUUCUCUUCGCUAUGAUCACACAAAAUCUCCUAGCAGUGAAAAAUCAAGAAUCCCGAUCUGUCUUCACGGAACCCAGGAGCCAGAGUGAACCGGAUAGAGGGCCUAAGGAGACGGACUCAGACUGUCAUUCAUCAUCUACCUCAGAACGCAGGAGGAGAAGGAGGAGUAGUGACCCUGAGGGGACGUCGUCCACACAAGAGGAGGACGGGUGUGAGUCCAGGAAGAGACAUAGGUCAGACAGCUUUUCUCUGACCUUUGAUGACAGCAUGUCCUGGUAUGUGAUUGGAGGCCUGAGACGAGACCGGAGGAGCAGCGAGUCUUCAGACUCACACAGUAACACUGAAGUAGGUUCAUUGGUCAGUGACGCGUGUGACAAUGUUCUGAGCCAGGAUCUGGGCUCAGACUCUGAUAACUUCAGCGUGGAGUUUGAGGUGGAGUCCAUCGACUCGGAUGCCUACAGCGAUCCCGAAGAGGCUUCAGUGUCUGGAGAGGACGAGGUGUAUGAAGUCACCAUCUUCGAGGCAGAGGAGGAGGACUCGUUCGAUGACGACACUGAGAUCACGGAAGCAGGGGUAAGAAGAACAGACAGGCAAAGUCCACACAAGGUCACCACAUCACACCGUCCAGGUCGUGGACCAUGCCCCAGGACUACCUGACAUGAUGACUCCUUGCUGUCCCCAGUCCACCUGGCCGUGCUGCUGCUCCAGUUUCAACUGACCUGAGCCCUAGGACCAUGCCCCAGGACUACCUGACAUGAUGACUCCUUGCUGUCCCCAGUCCACCUAGCCGUGCUGCUGCUCCAGUUUCAACUAUUCUGCCUUAUUAUUAUUCGACCAUGCUGGUCAUUUAUGAACAUUUUAACAUCUUGGCCAUGUUCUGUUAUAAUCUCCACCCAGCACAGCCAGAAGAGGACUGGCCACCCCACAUAUGCUGUCUCUAAUUCUCUCUUUCUUUCUCUCUCUCGGAGGACCUGAGCCCUGGGACCAUGCCCCAGGACUACCUGACAUGAUGACUCCUUGCUGUCCCCAGUCCACCUGACCGUGCUGCUACUCCAGUUUCAACUGUUCUGCCUUAUUAUUAUACGACCAUGCUGGUCAUUUAUGAACAUUUGAACAUCUUGGCCAUGUUCUGUUAUAAUCUCCACCCGGCACAGCCAGAAGAGGACUGGCCACUCCACAUAGCCUGGUUCCUCUCUAGGUUUCUUCCUAGGUUUUGGCCUUUCUAGGGAGUUUUUCCUAGCCACCCUGCUUCUACACCUGCAUUGCUUGCUGUUUGGGGUUUUAGGCUGGGUUUCUGUACAGCACUUUGAGAUAUCAGCUGAUGUACGAAGGGCUUUAUAAAUACAUUUGAUUUGAUUUGACUUGUAUUCCUGUGUAUCUCGCCUUGCCACAUUCACUUGUAUUCCCGUGUAUCUCGCCUUGCCACAUUCACUUGUAUUCCCGUGUAUCUCGCCUUGCCACAUUCACUUGUAUAUUCCUGUGUAUCUCGCCUUGCCACAUUCACUUGUAUUCCUGUGUAUCUCGCCUUGCCACAUUCACUUGUAUUCCUGUGUAUCUCGUCUUGCCACAUUCACUUGUCUUCCUGUGUAUCUCGUCUUGCCACGUGCUGGAAGACUAGAAGAUUUAACAUUUGAAAAUACAAAGGGCCGAGUGUACAAAACAUUAAGAACACCUGCCCUUUCCAUGACAUAGACUGACCAGGUGAAUCCAGGUGAAAGUUAUGAUCCCUUAUUGAUGUCACCUGUUAAAUCCACUUUAAAAAUCAGUGUAGAUGGAGAGGAGAAGACAGGUUAAAGAAGGAUUUUUAAGCCUUGAGACAUGGAUUGUGUAUGUGAGCCAUUCAGAGGGUGAAGGGGCAAGAUACAAGAUUGAAGUGCCUUUGAACAGGAAGUGGUAGUAGGUGCCAGGUGCACCGGUUUGUGUCAAGAACUGCAAAGCUGCUGUUUUUUUUCACUCUCAAUAGUUUCCUGUGUGUGUCAAGAAUGGUCCACCACCCAAAGGACAUCCAGCCAACUUGACACAACUGUGAGAAGCGUUGGAGUCAACAUAGACCAGCAUCCCUGUGGAACGCUUUCUACACCUUGUAGAGUCCAAUA